CCUACAUUCAAGCACGACUCUCUCAAUCGUCUGUGUCUUUGCAAGACAUAGCAUCAGCUCUCCGUCUACCAGUCAAGGUUGUACUACCUCAGUUCCUUGCAGAGCCUGGACAGGUAGAAGAGGCACCUGCACCACCUAUAAGUCUCCCUCUCUCUCACCUUCACUACACAAAUCCGUUUCUCAUUUCUUCUUUCACCAAAAAAUCAAGACGAAUUGUAAAAAAUUGCAUUGACCACAGUUGCAAUGGCGUCUGAUUCGGACUCUUUAACCUCAACCGAUGAUUUCGCCUACCAAAACCCUAAAGCUAGCCCUCCUGAAACAUCCCAGGAUGGAUUGAAAUUUCUGACAUUGAAUGAAUCUGAGAAUGUCGUCGAUGGUGAAUUAGCUUUGAAUCAACCAGUUGUGGGCGAGGGCGUAAAUGGGCAAUUAGUGGUUGAGCAUGAUAGAGGAGAAUGUGAACUUGAGACUGAAGAACCAGUUGCGGGCGAGGGUGUAAAUGGACAAUUAGUGGCUGAUCAUGAUAGAGGAGAAGGUGAACCUGAGAUCGAAGAACCAGUUGUGGGCGAGGGCGUAAAUGGACAAUUAGUGGCUGAGCAUGAUAGAGGAGAAGGUGAACCAGAGAUCGAAGAACAAGUUGUGGGCGAGGGCGUAAAUGGACAAUUAGUGGCGGAGCAUGAUAGAGGAGAAGGUGAACAUGAGAUCGAAGAACCAGUUGUGGGCGAGGACGUAAAUGGACAGUUAGUGGCUGAGCAUGCUAGAGGAGAAGGUGAACCUGAGAUCGAAGAACAGUCUUCUUCAAGCGGUCCAGCGGCGAUGGCUGCAGUGCCCGAAGUUGGUGAAGUGGUUCGAGAGAUUUCUUCCUCUGUUGUUGUCCACAGAGUCAAUUCCGAGCUUGAAGUCGAUGCCCCAUCGAGUCCUAGCAGCAGUGGAUACGCUGGAGAAAGGGGCAGCAGCAGUGACAGCAGUGCAUCUGGGAUUGAGGAGGUUAAUGGGGACGAUAUUGACGAAGCAGUAAUUCCGGCAGAUCAUUCUGUGGAUGCGGUUUCGGAUUCACCUUCAUGGGUUCCUGGAAAACGGCAUAUCAAUGAGACACUUGUUUACCCAUGCAAGGACAAAUGCCCUAAUUCUGAACAUAAUUCACUCAAUUGGUUCACAAUCUGCAGGUGUUUAGGGAAUAAGGACGAUGCAUCAAUUUCUUGGCGAAAAAGGAAGAAACAUUUUUUUGUAUUGAGCAACUCCGGAAAACCGAUAUACUCCAGGUAUGGAGAUGAAUAUAAGCUAGCGGGAUUUUCAGCAACCUUGCAAGCUAUCAUUUCCUUUGUGGAGAAUGGGGGAGAUCAAGUGAAAUUUGUAAGGGCUGGAAAACACCAGGUGGUUUUUCUUGUAAAGGGACCAAUUUAUCUUGUUUGCAUAAGUUGUACUGAAGAAUCAUAUGAGGCAUUAAGGGGGCAGCUAGAGCUUAUUUAUGGUCAGGUAGCACAGAUGAUACUUAUUUUAACAAAGUCAGUAAACAGAUGCUUUGAGAAGAACCCAAAGUAUGAUAUGACACCUUUGCUUGGAGGGACAGAUGUUGUCUUCUCGUCCCUGAUUCAUGCCUUCAGUUGGAACCCUGCUACAUUGCUUCAUGCAUACACUUGCCUCCCUCUUGCUUACCCAACAAGGCAAGCUGCAGGUGCCAUAUUGCAAGAUGUUGCUGAUUCAGGUGUCUUGUUUGCAAUAUUGAUGUGCAGGCACAAGGUUGUCAGUCUUGUUGGUGCACAAAAGGCAUCCCUUCAUCCUGAUGAUAUGCUGCUACUUUCCAAUUUUGUCCUGUCUUCUGAAUCCUUUAGAACGUCUGAGUCAUUCUCUCCAAUCUGUUUACCAAGAUAUAAUCCCAUGGCAUUUCUUUAUGCAUAUGUCCAUUAUUUUGAUGUAGAUACAUACUUGAUGUUGCUUACAACUAGUUCUGAUGCUUUCUAUCAUCUAAAAGACUGCAGGAUUCGUAUAGAAAUGGUCCUUUUGAAGUCAAAUGUGCUUAGUGAAGUUCAGAGGUCUAUGCUUGAUGGUGGUCUCCGUGUUGAGGAUCUGCCUGUUGAUCCCUCUCCACGCCCUGGAUCCUUGUCUCCUCAUUUGGGGCAGGACAGACUUACAACUGAAUCCCCCGAGAUAUUCAAAGAGGCAUGCCUAGGCAUUGGUGGUCCUGCUGGUCUUUGGCAUUUCAUUUAUAGAAGUAUUUACCUGGAUCAAUAUGUAUCUUCAGAGUUCUCAUCACCAUUGAACAAUUCCAGUCAACAGAAGAGGUUAUAUAGAGCUUACCAAAAGCUCUAUGUCUCCAUGCAUGAUAAAGGAACUGGGCCCCAUAAAACUCAGUUCAGAAGAGAUGAAAAUUAUGUUCUGCUAUGCUGGGUCACUCAGGACUUUGAACUUUAUGCUGCUUUUGAUCCACUUGCAGACAAGGCUUUGGCUAUAAAGACUUGCAAUCGAGUUUGUCAAUGGGUGAGAGAUGUGGAGAAUGAGAUUUUCUUGCUGGGUGCAAGCCCUUUUUCAUGGUGAUUUUUGAUCAAUAAUAGUAUGUAUAUACAGUGUAUGCUAGUGCCGUCUUUCUAAUAAAAGCUCCGAGUAUAUAAUUGUCUUGCAUUAAACUUUCAAAUUACAUAUUUAUUUCUUCAGUUCCUGCAUCUUGAUUGGUAAAAUGAAAAAAAAAAUGGUUACACAGAAUUUAUUCUUCUGUUAAAGUCAGCUGAUUGAGCUUUUAUCCACUUUUUGAUAUGGUAUAACAUUUUUGAAGUGUUAAACAUUUUGCAAUAUCUAUUUUGUGGAACAAGCAACGCCUGAUUUGCUGCUAGUGCUGGAGAUACACGGCUGGAGACUGGAAGUAUGGUGAUGAUUCCCCUUAAGUCCUUAACUGGCACGGAGGCACCUAUCCCGCAAGCAGUUUAUUUUUUUAAUUAUUUAUUCUUCAGUUUCCUGAUUUCCGGGAAAUCUAUUACUUUCGGAUGUAGAAAUGUCACACAAUUCAUAAUUCUUAUAAUUUUUUAGUUUUCUGGAUUU